CAUCAUGAAUAGUUCUCGUAUUGCUAACAUUGGGUGAAGUUUCGGUGGCUCUUUGUUCUCGUGCGCGCGUGGUAGCUGUGCUGGUGCGCUCGCCGGCGCGUGUUUUAGAAUGAAUUUACGCUCGCGAGGUUGGUUCGACUGCCAGCAUGCGCCAUUAGGUCGAUUAGAUGAGGGCAGGUAGGCAGCAGGCACUAUUCGAGAGGCUUGAUCAUCUUACGCGAAGAAAGCAAGACGCUUAGCUCAGACGAUGCACUGAGUAGUACGGGAGACGCCAAACUACCGCAGGGCAAGAACAGUGAAGCCUUAGAUCAGACCAAUACUUGGCUGCCUUGGAUCCUCUGAUGACGAAGCACUGCUGAUCCGGCCACUGUCUUUUGAAGCCUUGGAUCCACUGAUGACGAAGCGUGGCGGAUCCGGCCACUGUCUUUCGAUUUGCAAGGUAUUUUUAGAAGCCUUGGAUCCACUGAUGACGAAGCGUGGCGGAUCCGGCCACUGUCUUUCGAUUUGCAAGGUAUUUUUAGAAGCCUUUGAUCCACUGAUGACGAAGCGUGGCGGAUCCGGCCACUGUCUUUCGAUUUGCAAGGGAUUUUUAGAAGCCUUGGAUCCACUGAUGACGAAGCGUGGCGGAUCCGGCCACUGUCUUUCGAUUUGCAAGGUAUUUUUAGAAGCCUUGGAUCCACUGAUGACGAAGCGUGGCGGAUCCAGCCACUGUCUUUCGAUUUGCAAGGUAUUUUUAGAAGCCUUGGAUCCCCUGGUGACGAAGCAUGGCGGAUGCGGCCACUGUCUUUCGAUUUGCAAAGUAUUUUUAGGUAGAUCCAGUUUGUUACUGCAUCGAUGAGAAUCAACGGGAUCAUCGCAGAAUGCUUAACUACCAUUUGCAUUUUUGCGCGACCGGAUCACAGAACGACCGGAUGUUUACAAGCCAUAUGUCCACCACACCUGACAGCCGCACUACGAAAGCCAAAAUACAAUUUUUGGUAGAGUGAAAAAAAUAAAUAAACAAUUGAAACCAAUCAA